AUGUCUCUCCACACACAGCUGGGCACUGAUGGCCACAAGCAAGCUCCUUUUCACAACGCUUGGAGCAUGGGAUGUGAUCACAAGGAGCCGCACAAGGCAUUGAGCACGUGCUAUGAGGACAUUCCGAAAGACAUUUCUGCUCUGCACAUGGAGUGCAAGGCUCAAAGCAUUUGCGUCCACAUUUCGAGUGGCCACAUUGCACAUCGCACGGAGCCCGGCAUGGGGAACAGGGGCUGUCACUAUGGCACAGAAGCUCGCAGCCAUGAGCACACGUCGAACGCUUCCGAUCACACGGUUUUUGGCAUCGGUCAUGGAAUGUCUGGGUAA